CAGAGCGGCUGUGCGGAAGUUCUUUCAUCCGCGCUGCAGAAGGGGUUUCGCCAUCGAGAUUAGCUUUUCUCUUCCCAAGUUUUUGCUUGGACGAAAGCAAACGACGUGGAACUUCUUCUAUCUGUGUUUUAACUCGCAGUUUUUGUUCGCUACAAGUUAGCGCCCAUUACCGUCGGGUAAUGGCACGGCCAAGCCACAGCGAGCAUGUCCUGCAGCAGCUCAACAACCAAAGGGAGUGGGGUUUCCUCUGUGACUGCUGUAUUGCCAUAGGGGACAUUUACUUCAGGGCUCAUAAGGCUGUGCUGGCAGCCUGCAGCUCGUACUUUAGAAUGAUGUUCAUCAGGGACCAGCAGGCAACAGCACGGUUUGAUCUCAGCAACAUGCAAAUCAGCGCAGAGUGCUUUGAUCUCAUCCUGCAACUUAUGUACCUUGGUCGCAUUGCUGUGGAUCACUAUGAGUUUGAGGAGCUGAAAUCAUCCAUGGCCUACCUACAAAUGUACUACAUCCCUGACUCACUUGAGGACCUCAGAGACAUCCGGACAUCCAAUCUGACUCCUUCGUCCUCUGCGUCAUCCUCUUCAUCAUCUAGCUCCUCAUCCUCAUCCAGUGUAGUGGGAGGUAAGAUGAUGUUUGGUGUUCGAAUGUUUGAGCAGCCAAGGCCUAGCCCUGUUGAGACUGAGCAUGCUCCCACGGCUUCAACCACAACUACUCGUCAGAACAUUAACAUCUCAACUGUCAGGCCUGCUGAAGAUGUGGUCAUACCACACCCUCCACCACACUCGGAGACCGUUGUAGACCAGCCAUGUGACUUGAGGAAGAGGACUCCGGUCCGAAGCUCUGCUAUGAAAGAACGUCCUCGGUUUGGUCGCACUUACACAUGUGAUGAUUGCGGCUUUGUCUUCAGCUGUGAAAAGCUGCUCAUUGAACAUAUCCUCACAUGCACCAAUCGCAAAGCUUUCCAGGCACCCAAAGUCAGUAAAGAGGUUUAUUGUGACACUGGCAAAGCAGAGAGUUCAACCUCAGAGGGGACAGAUGAACACAGAACAGUUUGCAAACGGGAAGAUGACUGGCCAGACUACAAGCCUGACACAGAGACUGUGAUCAGGUCUGUCUCCACUGGCGUGGACAAUGAAGCUACUUUCUCCAGGAAUAUAACCAUUAAAGUGGAACGAGAUGAUGAUUCCGAGACAGGCUUAGAAACAAUAAAAGUAGUAAAGGUAGGAAAUCAUAAUGUAGGGAGCUGCAAAGUUCGUAGCAGGGCAUACAGAGAUAGUGUUGCAGAUCAGAUUAAAUUUGAUAGCGAGGAAGAGGCUGGUGGAUCUGCCAUGGAUGGUACCACCCAUGCUUUGGAUGGUAAAAGGAGAGGGUUAGACACAGACGCAAAAGUGCACAGGAUCAAGGAAGAAAAGAAAGAUGGCAUUUGUAUUCCGUGUGAAUUGUGUGGAGUCCUGCUGACAGAGGAGGAUCAGUCUGCUCAUUACAUCUCCAGCCACAUGGGACAUAUCUGCGCCUGUGGAAGGUGCGGCCAAGUGCUCAUUAAAGGCAGGCAGCUGCAGGAGCAUGCCGAGCGCUGUGGUGAGCCCCAGGGACUUGAGAAUGACUCCCCAGGUGAGGAUUCACCUCUGCUUGAAGAUGGCGAGGCUAUGGAAGAGGGCUUACUGGAAGGGACUGGCAUGAGCUUUCGCUGUCCUCUCUGUGGUUUGAUAUUUGAAAGUGAGAGUCUUGCUGUUGAGCACACAUUGGCUUGUCCUGAACAGGAACCUUUCCGGCCUGUCCUGUUAGACGACGGUGGUGAGCCCGACCAUCGGCGCAAGCAUUUCUGUGCCAUUUGCGGUAAAGGUUUUUACCAGAGGUGUCACCUACGGGAGCACUACACCGUGCACACCAAGGAGAAGCAGUUUACCUGUCAAACCUGCGGUAAGCAGUUUCUGCGUGAGCGACAGCUUCGGCUGCAUACUGACAUGCACAAAGGAAUGGCACGAUAUGUCUGCCCUGUGUGUGACCAGGGUACCUUCCUCAAACAUGAUCAUGUGCGACACAUGAUCUCUCACCUGUCAGCCGGAGAGACUAUCUGCCAGGUCUGUUUCAUGAUUUUCCCCAGCGGUGAGCUCCUGGAGAAACACAUGGAUGUACAUCUGUAUAUCUGUGGUGUGUGUGGAGAGAAAUUCCGCCUCCGCAAAGACAUGCGGAGCCACUACAACUCCAAACACACCAAGAGACAAUGAGAGGCAGAGUUAACAACAUACACUCUGCAAAUUAAUCUUUGAAAUAAGCCAUACUGUAAAUGUGAGAUAGAAUCUAUGCACUUAGACACCAAUUCUAAUCUUUAAAACUGCACUUUCUUUGUGUAUGCAAUUCUAGAUGUGUUGCUCUAUUUUUUUGGUGUGUUUAUAGUGCAUCAAACUUUUGUCCUCAGUUUCAUAUGAGAUAUUAUAUAUAGAGAUAAAUAUCAAGAUAAAGCCUUGACACUAUCACUGGUGUUGCAGUUGAAAAUAUUAUAUAGGUCAAUGCUUUAUCUGCAGUUAUGAAUCUGGCUCAUAACAAAUAGAUUGACAUCUCUCAUUGCAAGAGAUAGAAUUAGUCCAUCUAUUAAAUAAUUAUUUUCAUAAAGAUUUAAUAAUGGUCCACAUUGGCCUAUCAAAGUUUAUUUUAACUUAGUAUUUAAGAGAACAUUUGUCAAAGGGGUCAUUGUUUUUUAUAUUAUUGGUGGUGCUCUUAUAUUCCUAGUAAACACAGAAGUCCAAGCACAGAUGUCUUUAUCCAUUCUACUUUCAUUUGGCAUUAUUUAAAGUAGCUCUGGUAUCAUUACUUAAAUGGCUAUAAUUUUCAACACUCAUUUGCCCUUAAGGCACUAAGAUAUUCAUGGAGAAUAGAUUAUGCAAAGUACACUGGUCCUAUUACCCCUUGUUACCAGAACACUAAAGAAAAUACUGCAUUUGAUAAAAAGCAGAGAAUAACACUCCUGAUGAUGCUUUUAGCUAGUUGUACCUGCUUAACAAUUACACAUACAAAACCUAGGAAUCUAUGCAAACUGUUUUAAAUUCAACCCCAGUUUAGUUUACACAGAGUUCCUUUGAAAUCAAGUGUCACAUUUGUGUAUAGUUAUAUCAGUAUACCAGAGAUUUUCAUCUACUCUUCAUCUAACAAACUUCCGAAAUCUAACGAAAGUUUGUAAUCAAGCUAUCUGUUUCUAAUAAGAAUUACAUAUUACACAGUACUUAUCAUUAGCCUACACCGUUUCUAUUCUGGUCGAUCAAGCUGUAUCAAAAUGCUUUUAAUAGAGGGUCCAUCUAAAGCUUAAAAUAGGUCUUAACAUUUGAAUUAAUAACUUGAUUAAAGUCUUGAUGUGAAAUCUGAGAAUGUGGAAAUGCCAUAUAAUGCUUGAACAAGGGUGUAGGUUAAUUUAUUGUAUUACUGUGUUAAUAAACAAGCACUUCAGCUAUUGUUAUCGUGUUUAAAUCUCCCAUGAAAUAGCCAGGUUGGUUUUGAGUUUUGUUUGUUUUGAAGUGACAUUGAUUCUGGCCUGUGAGCAGAUACUGUAUUUGGAGCUGUGGUCCAAGAAAACUGUCAAUGAGGUCAUGUGAUCAUGCAGAGUAAUCUAGACACAAAGAAUGACUCGAUUAAGAACAGGCAGUCUGGCUUAAUUUGGGACAGUACUCAACACUUUUGUUUAAAACAAGUCGUCCUGUCCAAGCAAACUAACCUUUUCAGGCUUGCAUAUAAAAGUUCAUGUAAUGUUUCGUGUGAAAGUAUAUAAAGACAAUGUUACAGUGGAGUUUAUGCAGUUUACAUGUUAUCUUUAUUGUUAUAAAACUUAAAUUGGAGUUGUAAUUAAGGACCAAAGCAACCAUGAGUAAUAUUAAUUGUUAACAGCUCAAGCAUUUGCACUGGUAUUUGGAUCAUGUGAUGAUCUGAACCUGGUAAAAAUAUAUGUGAGACUGGAACAUCAUGCAAGUAAUAUAUGCAAUUAUUGUUUUUGAGCUUAUUUUAAAACUUUCCUUCAGUGUUUCAUAUGUUCUUGGAUUUAAAAAUGUAAAAUAAAAAUGUUUAA